UACUCCCGCAGGCCGUAGCUUCAUCCAGGAAAAGCUCAAAGCGGAAGCAGCGCCACCGCACCAACCGCCACCAUGGCUACUCAUUCCGGCAGAACCACCGUGACAUCGCCGGAGCACCACCCGCCGACGAAAGCGACGGUGAUAUUCAGCUUCGUCAGCGCCGGCUUCACGGGCAUCGCUGUCCUUGCAGUCAUCGUACUGUUCUGCCAGUACCGCGUCCGCGGCCGAGCGCCGGUCACCGCCGCCGUGGCAGCAGGCAACAGUUCAGGGGAGCGCCGCGCCGGCGUGGACAUCGCCAAGCUGCCGGAGUUCGCGUACACCCAGUCCGCAAGGCGUGACGGCGGCGGCGGCGCCGGAGACGGGGAGCAGUGCUCGGUGUGCCUCGGCGCGGUGGAGGCCGGCGAGAUGGUGCGGCGGCUGCCCCUGUGCAAGCACCUGUACCACGUGGAGUGCAUCGACAUGUGGCUGGCUUCGCACACGACGUGCCCUCUCUGCCGGGUGGACGUCGAGCCGCCGGGGGAAGAAGACCAGGCGGCCGCGCCGGCGGAGCCGCAGCAGGAGCUGCCGGUGUAGCAGGGCGCCGACCAUCAGUUUGUCACCUUGUCUCCUGCUCCUGCUGCUUUGGGCACGUUGGUUUGUAUCUUAUCACCUGCGUGUUCUUCUAUUCUUGUACAGCUUCUGGCUGAUAUUUUUCAUACGC